AUGGAUCAGACAUCAACAGCCAGUUCGGCCUCGGCCACCGAGAACACGCCACUACUACCGACGACAGAAAACCGCCCCAAGACGGCACGAACGGUCACAUUCAAUCCAAACCCUGUCACUAAGACGAUAGAGCCAGAGCCCGACGUCCCUCGCCCGCGAACGAGCCACCACGGGCUCUCGACGAGCCCCGGCCAGAGCUCUGCCAUUGCCGCUAUCAACAGCAAACUGCGCCGGAGAAACAGCCAUGGCGCCGUACCGAGCUCCAUGCCGGCUCAGCUGGUUCCCAAGAUCGGACCUCAACGGAGUACGAAGAACGCGCAGAAGUUGAAGCUGCUACCCAAUCCGGAGCUCGGCGAAGAGAGCCCUGACGAGGAGAGCGGGAGGGAUGUGUACUCUCAGUACACGCGUAUUAAGGACCCCACAGCGCGAAGAGACGCCGCGCGACUGGGCAAGGCGGACCGCGAAAGGCUGCCUAGAGUGACGGCGUACUGCACGGCGAACAGGUAUCAGAUGGAUGGUCUAAUGCGGUUCCUGAAGGGUCGCGGCAAAUCAAGGGGCGCCAACCCCAAACUCAUUGAUGAAUGCAUCUACUCGGCCUACGACUACAGCAAGACGGUCGAGAACAGACAUGACCGUCGAGUUGGCGCACAACCGGACCCUGUUCAGGCGUACGAGAGGCGACAUUCCACAGGUGAUGUCUCAGACAACGGCUACCAUCGAGAGAAUCUGAUAGACCUUCAAUCAGAAGGUCGUCACGAUUCUGGCUUUGUGGACGGAUUCGACGGGGGCAACGAUCACGACAAUGCCAUCACCGAGACGAACCCCGACUUCGACACGCAGGUACACACCCCCGAGGUCUUCCUGUUUGACUACGGAGUCGUCGUGAUCUGGGGCAUGACUUUGGCCCAAGAGCAGCGGUUCCUCAAGGAGAUUGCCAAGUUCGAGACGGAAAAACUGGCACCAGACGAUGUUGAGACGGAGCAUUUCAACUUCUACUACACACGCGAGUACCAGGCCCGCAUAUACAACGACUUCAUCACCUUGCGGGACAAGAGGAAUUACAUGACCAAACUAGCCAUUUCUCAUGCGUUAGCACAAAGUGUCAAGACCUCUCUCUUCGAGGAGUUGAUAGCCUCAACUGUUGACACUUGUAAAGACAUUCCCACGCAGAUUGCGCUGACUGGCAAGAUCGCCCUUAGCCGGACCCAGAUCAACAUGCAGAUUGGCGAGCUCUUCAUCCUUCGUAUUAAUAUUCACCUCAACGGCUCUGUUCUUGAUACACCUGAGCUUUUUUGGGUUGAGCCGCAGCUGGAACCUGUAUACCAGGCUGUUCGCAGCUAUUUGGAGAUGGACCAGCGUGUUCGACUCUUAACGGAACGGCUUGAUGUGAUUGCAGACCUGCUGGCUGUGCUCAAAGACCAGCUCAGCCACGGACACGGCGAAAAAUUGGAAUGGAUUGUGAUUGUACUCAUCGCAGCUGAGAUUGUUGUCGCAGCUAUUAACAUUGUGGUUGAUUUGUAUGCAUCGGAUUAG